AUGGGGGGGUGUGGGGGAGGGUGGGGGGGGGAGGGGUGGGGGGGGGGGGGUUUGUUAUGUGGUUUGGGUGGGAUUGUUGGGUUAUUUUUUUGGGGGGGUGUUGGGGUGAGGGGGUUUUGGGGGGGGGGGGGGUUUGGUGGUGGUUUGGAAUGGUUGGGAGGGGGGGGUGGGGAUGGAGGGGGGGGAGGGUGGUUUAUUGGGGAGUGUGGGGGGGAGGGUGGAGGUUGGGGGUGGGGGGUGUUUAUAUGGGGUAGGGGGGGGUGGGUGAGAUGUGUAGUAGGGGGGGGGUGGAGGGGGGGAGGGGGUAUGAUGUUUGGGAGAGUGGGGUUAGUUUGGGGGGUAUGGGGUUGGGGGUGUGUUGGGGGGGGGUUGUAUAGGAUGGGGAGAUUGGUGGAUAUUGGGGUUGGGGGGGGUGUGGGGGGGGUUGGGGGGGGGGGAGAAGAGGGGGUGGGGGGUUGGGGGAGUGGUUUGAUAUGGGGGUUGAGGUAUGAAUGA